CAUUGGAUGAAAAAAAAGCAUCGGAGAGGAGUUCUCAGGUUAUAUAUAGGAAUGGUGUUGGAGCGAUAAGGCCUCAAGCCUGCUGCAAAGUCCUUUCUUAAUUUUUUUGAGGUAGGAGAGAAGUAGGGAGAAAGAGAGGAAUGGCUUCCUCCAUGACGGUCUCUUCUGCAGCCAUUGCUUCCCGGGCCACCCCAGCACAAUCCAGCAUGGUCGCACCCUUCACCGGCCUCAAGUCAACUUCGGCCUUCCCGGCCACAAGGAGGGCAAGCAACGAUUUCUCCAAGCUUCCGAGCAACGGAGGCAGAGUUCAGUGCAUGAAGGUGUGGCCGAUAGAGGGUGUGAAGAAGUUCGAGACCCUCUCUUACCUUCCGCCGCUCCCCAUCGAGGCUUUGCUCAAACAAAUUGAGUACCUUCUCCGCAGUAGAUGGAUUCCUUGCUUGGAGUUCUGCAAAAUUGGCUUUGUGUACCGUGAGAACCACCGAUCCCCUGGGUACUACGAUGGUCGCUACUGGACCAUGUGGAAAUUGCCCAUGUUCGGCUGCAACGAUGCCGCCCAGGUCGCGAAGGAGCUGGAGGAGUGCAAGAAGGAGUACCCGGAUGCAUUCAUUCGGAUCAUCGGGUUCGACAACGUUCGCCAAGUGCAGUGCAUCAGUUUCAUCGCCUACAAGCCCCCAGGCUUCUAAAACCACGAACCGAUCGAAAGUUUCGAGUGUCCCCAGUGUCCGUCCAGUUCGACUCGGUUUUGGGAUCUUUCAAUUGCUUCGGUCCAUUGUUCUCUUCUCUUCCUCGUCGCCUCUCUCCAACAUAUGAGAAUGGACUAAGGUCAUUGUUCUUUUGGUUGGUGAGGAGCAUCACAGCUCCGGCUAUGUAUUGUUGUGUCCUAAUUAUAAACCUACAUAUGGAUGGGGUCUGUCCGUCUUUUCCUUCUGCAACAUGAGGAAACCUGUUCUCCAUUUCAU